AUGGAGGUGAGUAUUGUCUUAUACUUAUUAAAUUAUCAAGAUCUUUCUGUUUCAUUAGAAGUGCUCUGUGAAGCUGUUUAUCUCACAGUCGAUCCAUAUAUGCGUAUCCAUGGCGAACUCCUUGGCAAGAAUAAGACCAUGUUUGGAGAGGCCUGCUGCAAAGUGAUAAAAACACGUAACGGUGAAUUUCCUGUCGGAACACUUGUCAAAUCGAGUAGUGGAUGGCGAACUCAUUUUAUAUCACCAGACGGCAAAGAUCUUCAACCAAUUUCAUUUGAUUUAGGUUCUCUUUCACCAUCGGUUACGCUCGGUGUACUCGGCAUGCCUGGGUAUGGAUAUUAA